GCUUCCAGGCUUUCAACUGAAACCAACACUCCUUUGGGGUUUUGCUGGUGCUACAUUUUGGAAAGGAUAGCGAUUAAACCAUAAAAUGAAAAACAUUUUGGCAACAAAUCCACAGAAGAAUGGGAUUCCAGGCCUUUGUUAUGAUGAACUGUCAGAGAACAACAUACCUGUGGAUGGAAGACUUCAAAGCAGAAGUGACAAGACUAAUGAAACCAAUGUAACUGAUCCAGCACAAUCCACACUUCCUAACAGCAGUUUUGAUAUGAUCUACAAAAUAGAAGAUGUUCCUCCUUGGUAUCUUUGCAUUUUGCUUGGAUUUCAGCACUACCUGACCUGCUUUAGUGGAACCAUAGCUGUACCCUUUCUGCUAGCUGAAUCUCUUUGUAUUGGAAAAGAUCAGCAUGCUGUCAGUCAGCUGAUUGGUACUAUCUUCACCUGUGUUGGAAUCACUACACUUAUUCAGACAAACUUUGGAUGUAGGCUUCCCUUAUUUCAAGCGAGCGCCUUGGCUUUUCUUGUGCCUGCCAGAGCUAUUCUUGCUCUCGACAAGUGGAAGUGUCCAACCGAAGAGGAGAUAUAUGGAAAUUGGACUUUGCCAUUCAACACAUCCCACAUAUGGCAUCCAAGGAUACGAGAAAUACAAGGUGCAAUUAUAAUAUCCAGCUUGGCUGAAGUGCUGAUUGGCUUUGUGGGCCUUCCUGGAGCUCUGUUAAGUUAUAUUGGACCACUCACUGUCACACCUACAGUCUCCCUUAUUGGGUUGUCUGUAUUCCAAGCAGCCGGAGAGAGAGCUGGAUCUCACUGGGGUAUUUCCAUGUUAACAAUUGUUUUGAUCGUACUAUUUGCCCAGUACCUGCGCAAUGUGAAUUUCUUAAUGCCUGCGUUUAGGUUUGGAAGUGGAUGCACAACAGUGAAGAUUCAAAUUUUCAAAAUGUUUCCGAUUAUAAUGGCUAUCAUGGUUGUGUGGCUAAUUUGCUACGUUUUAACGCUCACCGAUGUAUUUCCAAAAAAUCCUGAACAGUAUGGAUUCAAAGCCCGAACAGAUGCUAGAGGUGAAAUAAUGUCAACGGCACCUUGGUUCCGUAUGCCGUAUCCUUGUCAGUGGGGCUUGCCAACGAUCACAGCAGCUGGAGUGCUGGGAAUGUUCAGCGCAACGUUAGCGGGUAUCAUUGAAUCUAUAGGUGACUAUUAUGCCUGUGCUAGGUUGGCUGGAGCACCACCUCCACCUAUCCAUGCCUUAAACAGAGGGAUCUUCACUGAAGGAAUAUCUUGUAUCAUUGCAGGAUUAUUUGGUACAGGAAAUGGCUCCACAUCAUCCAGCCCAAAUAUUGGUGUCCUUGGCAUAACAAAAGUUGGUAGUAGACGAGUGGUCCAAUAUGGUGCAGUAAUUAUGUUGAUCUUGGGGACUGUAGGAAAGUUCACUGCCCUGUUUGCCUCGCUCCCAGAUCCCAUUCUUGGUGGCAUGUUUUGCACUUUAUUUGGAAUGAUCACGGCUGUUGGACUUUCCAAUCUCCAGUUUGUAGAUAUGAAUUCCUCCCGCAAUCUCUUUAUUUUGGGGUUCUCCAUGUUUUUUGGAAUAACAUUACCAAGUUACUUGGAUGAUAACCCAAAUGCCAUCAACACAGGUAUUCCAGAAGUUAAUCAGAUUUUGACUGUCUUGUUGACAACAGAAAUGUUUGUUGGAGGUUGCCUUGCUUUCAUGUUGGAUAAUACCAUUCCAGGUACAGAAAAGGAGCGUGGACUUGUGCAAUGGAAAGAAGGGGCACUUGCAAACAGUGACACAUGUGUAGAUGUAAAGACUUAUGACUUUCCAUUUGGAAUGACCUUAUUGAAGAAAGUUCAGUGUUUACAAUACAUCCCCAUUUGUCCAGUAUUUAAAGGUUUUUAUUCAAGGAAGAAGCGCAAUGUUGACGUGGCUGAAAAUAUAAAUGGAAAUGGUGACCAUUUUGUUGUUUGCACAAGAGUGUAAGAAGACUCUGUCUCUCUAUCUAUCUUAUUUCUGCAGACACCACAGUGGCUGCACCACAGAAUAGCUUUCGCGUAAUUUACAUAUAGUACUUCUUCAAAUGACUGAGAUUAAAAGAAAAAGUUAAUCUUGCAUAAUCCAUAAUUGGAUCUUGUUUUAAACUUUUAAAAAGUCCAAAGUCUGUAUCAAUGAGGAUAGUGGUUAUUUAUAAUAAGAGGUUUUCAAGCCUUGUGGACUGAAUGAAAAGUCACAUUUCUCAAUAAGCCACUGUAGAUCCAUAAAGGCAGAUGUGAGACAAAGAAAAACUUUUCGUGCCAGGUUACCUUAUGGAUCUUCGAUUGUUUUAUUGAACUCUAUUUCUAUUAAUUAACAAACAAAUAUGGUUAGACAGAAUUGACAAGCAUAUGUGACAACUAAAACUUUCAGCUUCCUUUUGGAGUUUUAGUACGGAAUAAAUAUUUUAAUGUCACAAAAACUAUUUUAUACUCUAGUAUGUCAAACAAUAUUUUAAUAAUGGCAGCUUGCUUUGGUGAAAUCAAAUAGUACAUCAGUUCAACAACACUGUUCAUUAAUCUACAGUGAGUUUUCAUUCCUUGAAAGAAAUAUUGCACACCUUGUAAAUCCUAUACAUUUAAAGAAUAUUUUCUCCCUUUUUGAAGUGUUGUCAGCAUCAGUUAGACUAAUGGCUGCAUACACAAGUCGUUCAUUAAAUGUAUUUUUGAUGUCUGUAUAUAUGAUAUUUAACUGUUAAAUUGUAUUUUCAGAUAUAUUCAGUUUUUUCUUUUGUUUAUAAUGUUCGUUUCUAACUGCCCGCUUUUGAAAAACUUUUAGUUCCAUACAUAGCAUAUGUGCUAAAGAUCAAAGUAGUUUUAAAUUGCUUGACACCAGCACAGUGCAGUCACUACAUUUACAUGAUUCCACCACUUGGAUAGACGCAAAGCAUGUCGGCAUAAUCAUGCAUGAAAUUUGAGAAAUCUUCACUUAUUUUGGGAAAAUAUUAGGGUUUCACUUCUGGUACUGGUUAUUGCAUUGAGAAUGAAAUCAAUACUCAAUUUAAUAUUUAAUUAUGUGUCACAUUUCAAUGGAAGCAAUUUGACAAAUUUGGUGUUUUCAACAGUAAAACAAUUGUGAUAAGUUUAAUGUUAUUCCUACUUAACCGUCUACUCUACCAAAAAAUUGCGUUUGGGAUUGUUCUAGGAUCUACAUAACUUGAGUGUGGAAAGAGGCACCAGAAAAGUCUGUAUCAUGCUAGCUAUUUAUUUGAUUGCUACAAAGUUAGAUACAUUUGAGAUUGUCUUUAGUGUACCUUGUUUUAUGACAUUGAUAAUGGGAUAUAGAAUUUUAAGUGAUAAGGAUGGAAAACUGCUUCUGAAUGGAUAAAUACAUUUUUUUUCCUAUGUGCCAUAUCUGUAAAGCAUACAAUUCAACCAGAUUUGCUAAAACAUUCAUAUCUAACUGAUGCAUGUUUUAAGUAUCUUUUAUUAGAUCUAGGAAUGAUUUUAAUGAUAAAAGUCACUAAUAAAUCUGAUUUUUGUUUAUCCUUGGAUGUUUUGAUAUGCAUUUCUAAAAAAAGAUGGACUGUAGGUUUUCAAAUUAUGUUAAAAUCAGUCUUAAUUGUGUAAUGUUCUUGUUUUUCUUUCUGGAUAACUGCAUUAUGGUGAUGCAUCAAAUUAAAGAUUGGAUUUUGUUAAUA